UCUUUAUCGUCAUGGUGAAAAAAUAAGUGAUCGCUACCAUGGAUCCGCAUCUUACGUUGCCUUCUACUUGGAAGCCUUAUCAAGAGCCAGCACAGCAAUUGUGAUUUGUUGCAUUUACAAACAGCAUACACGGACAGUAUGGGUUGUGAGGUGGUUAUUCGUUCGGCCUUACUGUAAAUUUGGCUUGUUGUAUACAAGUAAUAUACUUAAUACGCAAAGUGGACCAUUGCCUUUAGGUAAUUAUUAUUUGAUAGUGUUAAGUGAAAUCCAUUAUUGAUGCAAUACAUAUAUUUGAAUGGCAUUCCUGUGUUUAAAUAAUUUAUUAGUGUUUUUGAUAGUUUAAAUUACCAUUUUUAGUGUAACUGGUAUUUGGUAUUUUAUAUUUAUCUAGGGGUUCUUGAGAAUGGUAAUUGGAAGUUGGAGAUGCUUGACCAUCGCUUUGACCUCCAUUUAAGGCGAUCAUCUUCGACAGCAGCAACAACAGCAUUGGGUUUAAUUUGAGCAGCAAUACAUGAAACCAUUUUAUUAUAUCUUAUUCAAGUUCAUAAUUUUAUGAAGGUUUCAUUAAAAUAAGAAAAUUACUCUUUGUAUUAAUUGUCCAAUUACGUAGUAAAUUUUUCGAGAUGGCGCCCAACGUGGGGCAUAAGUAAGGUGCUGUUUUUGCUGUCUGGUUAGCUUCCGGGUUGGGGUUUCGUUUGUUUGUGGGUCCAUGGUCUAUCCUUUAAAUUUUAUUGAAAUGAGUGUAGAAUUAAAGACUCGUAAAUAUAUUCGUGGCCAAGUAACGCGGUUGUUUAAUGAACAUGAUAAAUUCACAAGUAUGAAUAAAACUGAGUGCAACGCUGUUCAAAUUAAAUUAGUUUCGUACCGUGAUCAGUUGAACAGUCUUAAUACUGUAAUCCAGAAGUCCUUGUAUGGAGACGGGAAAAAUGAGGAGGAGUUCUUAUUAGAAUUGCAGUCUUGUGAUGAUUACUCAGAUAAAUUAAAUACCUGUUUUGCUGUUUUGCAAUUGAUGGAUUCUAAGCCUGAGACCAAGAAUUCUGAGACCGCGAGAAGUCUCUUGAAGAGUCCUGUAGUUCCACUUCCAGUUUACGCUAGCACCGAAAGUGAAAAUGUUGAAAAAUUUCUUGUAGAGUUUGAAUCGGCUAUUGCCACAUAUUCUUACACUGAGAGGGAUAAACUAUUACUUCUCAAGCAACAGGUAUCAGGCAGAGCCUCAAUUUUGCUCGAGAAUCUUGAAAUUUCAAAGCAGACUUAUACUGAUGCUAAGAAAUUGCUUAAAGAAGCACUGGCUUCUCGUUCGCUGCAGAAAUUCAACGUAAUUAAGCAAUUAAGUGAAAUGAAGCUUGAGUACGGUACUGAUCCCUUUUCUUAUAUUGGAAAAAUUACUAAUGUAACUGAAACUUUUUCUACAUUGGAAAUCAAAGUAGAUGAUAUUUUGCAGUAUUUCAUCUGGCAAGGCAUGAAUGAGUCCUUUAAAGCUCAACUUGUAAAUGUGACUAAUCAUGUACGUCCGUCACUUGAGGAGAUAAAGGAAAAAUUCUUUGAAGCAUCUGAACGUUAUAUGGACGUCACAAGAAAGUUUAAUGAAAGGUGGAGACAAGGAAGAAAAUCUUCUACAUCACUUGCAGUUAAUGUUAAAUAUGAGGAUAAUGAAACUAACAGAAUUAGUAAUGCUGACGCCGCUUCUCCGAGGAAAAGGUGCUCUCUUUGCCAGGAAAACCAUGCAACACAUAAGUGUAUAAAAUAUAAAGAACCAGAGCAUAAGCUGAGACGCUUAGAAGAACUUAAUGGUUGCAAGAAAUGUGCUAACAUUGGACAUACCACUGACAAAUGCAAGUUUAAAUUCUUUAAGAAAUGCUAUUUUUGUAAGGGUUGGCACUUUUCAUUUUUGUGUGAUCAUCAAGGUGAAAAAUCUCAUUAUGAAAAACUACAAGUGAAUGGGAGAGGUGGCAAGGAAGUAAAAGCAGGUAAAUCAAAACACAGGGAAACCUCAAGUGAUGUAAUGAUUAUAACUAAGGCUUUGCAUACCUCUGAUGGCGCCUCUGUUUUGCCAACUUUUACCUGUGAAAUGUUAAAUGGAGCCCUUGUUAGAGGUUUGAAGGACUGUGGCUGUCAGACCAGUUUUGUAACUGAAAAACUUGCAUGUGAUAAUAGGUUGAAAGUGUUAAAAGAUAAUGUCUCUUUAACAGUCAAUGGUUUUAAUUCAAGUAAGAAGUAUAAAUCCAAGAUAGUUGAAUUAAAGUGCAACUUUGAUGAUAAGGCUUGUGUAAUACAUGCAUUGUGCGUACCAAGCAUAGAUAUAAAUUUGUCAUUACCAGGAAUUUCAGAAGUAGCCAGGGCCUUUGCCAAAAAAGGCUUCAAAUUAGCUGAUAAAUAUUUGACUGAUGGUAGUGAUAAAAUAAAGGACAUUGACUUGAUACUUGGUACAAAUGACGCCCAUUGUUUACUGGAUUUUUCUGUAAAAUUUGGCAAUGAUCACCCAUCUGUUUAUUUGGGAUCAGCGGCAGGAGUGAUGUUAAUGGGUAAUGUCAAGAUUAUGCAACAGAAUCUACCUUAUCUUUCAAAGGAUUUUUAUUGUUCUCGGUGUUCAAAGCAUUCCUGCUCUGUUGCCGAUUAUGAGGAAACAUGUGAGUUAAAUGGAAACAAAUCCCCUGUAUUUGAUGGCAUAGAUAAAUGCUGCCAGUAUAUUGGAUUUGGUAGUUCUAUGGGUGAGCCAAGUGGCUUAAGUUUGGAAUGCGAGGUGGAGGUUCAAGCUAACUUCGCUAUUCUAAAUGAAAAAGGUAUGGUUGAAGAAUCAGAGCUGAGACGUGCAACUGAUGAGAUGCUGCGGUCUGUGUAUGAGAAAUCUAUUUGUGAACCAGACCAUGAAGAUGGAAACUUGAUGUCAGAUUGUAAUAGAAAUUUGAUUAAAUUUACCCUUGAUAACGCAAGGAGAAACGAGGAAGGAAGGCUAGAGAUGCCUCUUCUAUGGAAUGAAAAGAGCUGUCAUCUGCUUGGACGGAAUUUCAACCUUGCAAAGGCAGUAUUGAGAUCCAACACGAGAAAAUUACAAAGGAACAAGGCAAAUUUGGAACUUAUGAAUGAAAAUUUUAAAGAACAAGAAAAACUUGGAAUAAUUGAAAGAAUAUCAAAUCUAGAAAGGUAUAUGGAUGAGCAUCCUGAGUGCAGUUUUUUAGCACACAUGGGAGUUUUUAGACUGGAUCGGGAAACAACAAAAUGCAGAGUUGUUUUCCUGUCCAAUGUUUGUGAACCUAGCAGGUCCAGUGUGAUGACGGUCAAUCAUAAUCAGGCUAUGUAUGCUGGCCCAUCACUCAAUCAGAAGAUAACGUCUGCAAUGCUUCAUUUGAGAUUCGGAUCUAAAUUACUGAUCUUCGAUAUUAAGAAAGCAUUCAAUCAAAUAGCACUCAGUGAGCUUGAUCAGCAGAAGUUACUCUUUUUGUGGUAUAAGAAUGUUAAGAAAGGGGAUUUCUCUAUAAUUGCCUACAAAAAUGUUCGUCUUCCUUUUGGACUUCGAUGCAGUCCUACAAUUUUGAUGUUGGCUCUUUUCAAAAUUUUAGUAUUGGAUAGCAAGAAUGAUAAUCCUAGACUAAGAAAUGCAAAAUGGAAUAUGUAUCAGCUCUUCUAUAUGGACAAUGGUGGAUUUACUUGUGAAUCAUCCGAAACCUUGAAUUGGAUAUAUGAGAUUUUACAGGAUAUUUUUGCUCCUUACAAAAUUGAACUACAGCAGAUGUUUUCUAAUGAUUAUACACUCCAAGAUAAAAUUGAUGAAGAAAAUAUGCAAUCGGAUGUAGGAGCCAAGAAAUCUGAGAUGGAGGUGAAAUUACUUGGGAUGAUCUGGAAUCGUAGGAGUGAUACAAUUUCAACCAGGAGCUUGUGCCUUGAUGAAACGGCUACUACAAAGAGGGAAAUUUUGCGAUCCAUUGCAUCUAAUUAUGAUGUUUUCAACAUAAAUGGUCCUCUUCUUAACAGAGCUAGACUUUUUAUGCAGGACUUACAAUGUGAGAGAACGCUCGGAUGGGAUGCACAACUUAGAGACUUUCAACAAAAGGAAUGGAGAAAUAUUGCAAACCAAGUAAAUUCUGCUCCUGUUUUUGAGCUUCAGAGAUGUGUUGGUGAAAGGACAGAUGAAUAUAAACUUGAGGCUUAUGUUGAUGCUAGCAAAAGAAUUUAUGGAGUUGUUGUAUAUUUAUGCAAUAUGAGAAGUGGUGAAAGAAGCUUUGUAUUAGCGAAAAACAGACUCAUUGGAUCCAAACUGCAUGAAAAGUCCAUUCCUUCACUCGAAUUACAGGCUAUAUGUUUGGGUACAGAGGUUUUGUUGGAUACCUAUAAUGAACUGAGUGGCACACAGUGCCUGGUGCCCAUCAAAAUAGUUGACUUGGGGCUAUUCUCAGAUAGUUUUGUUGCCCUGUCGUGGCUUAAGUCCUUUUCUCAUAAGUUUGAUAAAAUGCAGAAAAGGUCAGUGUUCGUAAUGAACAAACUGAAUCAUAUAACAAAGCUAUGUGAGGGGAGAAGUGUUGGAUUCUCAUUCGUGAGUGGAAUGGACAACCCAGCUGAUAAAAUUACACGAUGUCUGUCAUUCAAAAGUUUAAUGAAGUCUAAUUACCAUAAGGGUCCCAAUAUACGUGAUCUUGAUCAAGCUAGUAAAAGUGACAUUUUAGGUUUUAAGAUACCAAUGGUCGAGAAUUUAGAAACCAUUGAGGCAUAUAGUGCAUCAACCAGUGUAAAAGAAAGCCAAACUGUAAAACUAGAGCACUUAAUACCUCUAGAUAGAUACUCAAAUAUGGAUAAGUUGAUAUCUAUACUUGCGAAAGUUCUGGAAUGCUGGGAUCGAUGGAAAGGGUUUAUAAACAAGUCACAUGGCUUCGAUAAGAAGGACCUCCGCUCUAAGGCUUUGACUCAAAUCAUCUCUAGGGAUCAACAAAUAAAUUUUCCAGAUGUUAUUGACUAUUUAAGUAGCAACUCUAAAACCAAGAUGGCUAUGCCUAAUUUGAUAUCACAAUUGAAUUUGUAUCCAGACACUCAUAAUUUAAUAAGAGUGAAUUGUAAAUUUAAUGAGAAGCGCAGUGUAACCAACCAAACUUAUCCUAUUCUUUUAUCAAGAGAGAGUACUCUAACAAAACUUAUUAUAUUGGAUGAACAUUUGCUUUUGAAACAUGCUGGUUGCUAUGCCCUUUUGACAGAAUUACGUUGGAAAUUCUGGAUACCAAAAUUCUUCUCUACAGUUAAGAGGAUUCUGAAGGAAUGUGUUGUAUGCCGGAGAUAUAACCAAAGACCUGUCAAACUUAAUCAAUCAGCCUAUAGGGAAUUUAGAUUGAGUCCAUCUGAAAAACCUUUUGGUAAUGUAUACCUUGAUUAUUGUGGUCCAUUUUAUGUGAGACAAGGGAAAGAUAAAGUCAAGGUUUGGAUCCUUGUUAUUUCAUGCAUGUUCACACGAGCAGUUAAUCUUAAGAUCUGUAUUGAUAUGACAGUUGAAGAAUUUUUGCGUGCUUUGUCACUGCAUUCUUUUGAAUAUGGAGUCCCUCAGUUUAUAGUAAGUGAUUUGGGUACGCAAAUAGUAGCAGGAGCCAAUAUUGUUCAGGAUUUCCUGAAGGAUGCUGAGACUGUUCAGUAUUUAACUGAUAAUAAUGUUGAGAAAGUCCAUUUUCAGCAGUACUAUAAGGGUUGCAGCCAACUUGGAGGAUUGGUUGAGAGCGUAGUCAAAAUGACCAAGCAUAUGAUACAGAAGUCAAUCAGAAAUAAUGUCAUUGAAUUUAGGGAUUUUGAAUAUCUUGUUUGUCAUGCUGUACAUUUGAUCAAUAGAAGGCCUAUUGCAUUCAAAGAAGCAUUAAGAGAUUGUUCUAAUAAUGUACCAACCCCUAUAACGCCAGAGGAACUUAUUCAUGGAUAUUCAUUGGUCUCUUUGAAUAUUAUUCCUGCAUUACAAGCUGACCCUGAUUCUGAUGAGGAUUUUCAGGUUGAUUUUGAUGUUGUACAUAAAAUUAAAACAUCUUAUGAGAAGCUGAAACACAUUAGAACUAACUUGCUGGAAAUCUAUCAUCGGGAAUUCAUGAACACUUUAAUUAAACAAGCUACUGAUAAGAAGGAUAGAUAUGCUCCUGUAAACCAUAAACAAAUCAGUAUCGGCGAUAUUGUGCUGAUUAAGGAUGAUGGAUAUAAACCUGUUAAUUAUCCUAUGGGAAUUGUCAAGGAAGUUUUCAAGAAUAUCAACGGAGAGGUAACUGCUGCAAAAGUUCUGAAGGGUAAAACCAAUGAAAUAACUAAAAGGCAUGUUGCUUCUUUAAUACCACUCUUGAGGAAGGAGUCUGAUGAGGAUACUGUAGCAUCAGAUGAUGAUGAUGAGGAUGCUGUAGCAUCGAAAGAAGAGAUUCCAGGCAUGGACGUUUCUAGAAAACGUCCACGGAGAAAAGCUGCUGAGAUAUCACGGCAAAAAUUCAAAAACAUUCUAAACGAUGAUAUUUCAGACUAAUUAUAUUUUUUUUUCUUUAUUUGAUCAAAUUUACAUAAUUCUUAUGUAAAAUUUGAUUUCUU